CUUCAGAGAGGAAACACUUCCUCCCCGUCACUUGCCUUCUCAUCUCAGCACCUGCACUGACUGAAAUCCACACACGGGCCCUCCUUUGAUGAUGUCCACUGAGCAAAUGCAGCCACUGGAGCUCUCAGAAGACAGACUGGACAAGCUUGACCCUCGUUGUGGCCACUUAGAUGACCUUUCAGACCAGUUUAUUAAGGACUGUGAUCUCAAAAAGAAGCCAAGAAAAGGGAAAAAUGUACAAGUCACCCUGAAUGUUGAGUCAGACCAGAAAAAACCAAGGAGAAAAGAUACACCGGCCCUGCACAUCCCACCUUUCAUACCAGGUGUGCUUUCAGAACAUUUAAUUAAAAGAUACGAUGUCCAAGAGAGACAUCCAAAAGGCAAAAUGAGUCCAGCUCUUCAUAACACUGACCUGGAACAGAAAAAGCCACGGAGAAAAGACACACCUGCCCUGCACGUGUCCCCCUUUGCAGCAGGUGUGACACUGCUCAGGGACGAGAGACCCAAAGUGAUCAUGGAAGAUGAUGAAAAAGAUGGUGACAAAUAGCUAUUUAAAGAUAUUUCCCCUAAGACCACCUGUAAAUAGGUUAGAUUGGUUCCCUAUGGCAACCUAGAAAAAAUAGACUUGUUUCUGCUCUCAUUUUGUCAUAGUCCGCCUUUAAGAUCCAGACACAUUUUCCCCAGGAGGCAUACUAUAUCAGAUUGCCAGUCACCUCUCUGUCUUCCUCUUCUUUUUUGAAUCUGGUUUCUAUUCCCACUUCUUGAAUUUUCAUUUUCUGAUGCAGUGGAAAGGAAGCAGAUCAUCCUAACUUGGGAGAUAACAGGGAAAGCUUUAGUGCUCAGCACCUGCAUCUUCUGGAUCAAUUCGUGGAGCAAAGAGCAUGGAUAACGUGGGAAUCCUCUAUUUCUGGCUUAUGCUGGUGGGCGGGACUUGACUUCCCAUCAUCCAAAUACUAGUUCAGAGGGCUUCCCUGGUGGCGCAGUGGUUGAGAGUCCACCUGCCGAU